GUUGAGUCUCUCACAGUCUGUGGGCAGCAGGGACAUCCCUCGGUUGUCUGCAACCCCCUUCUACACACACACCCCCAUCUAUAUUCGAAAACAUUUUCAAUCUUUUACACAAAUGUUAACUUGAAAAUUGAUUUUUCAGUUAGUUGGCGAAUUCUAUUUGUCUAGUGUCUAGUGUGUGUAAGCGUGUGGAUUUGUUACCGGCGUGAAACAACAACAUUUUUUCGAAAAAAUAUUUUUCAUCCACCCCUCCAUUCUGAGUUUAACGCCGCUAGAGUGUGUGUGUGUGUGUUGGCGUUUUUGUCUAUCUCUGGGAUUAUAUAUUUUCUACUACACGUUGAAACUUGCAGUUUAUUCUCACAGAUGGAGUAGCCAUCAACGUCAACAAUACGAAAAGACACGCAUUUGAAAAAUAGAAACGACGUUUUCCAUUGAAAUCAUUCAAUUCGAGGAUUUAAUUCCAUUUUUUGAACUGUGGAAUAUACUUUUCUCGGUGCUCCUGUCGUCUCUUACUAGAAGAGAAAGAAGAUAAAGGAACAAGAGAGGUUCAUUCCCCUCACGCCACAUGCAGCCCGGAUCCUUGGCCAGCUUCAUUGGACCAGCUACAAGGAUCAGGCAACCGCCAUGGCCCAUCAGGCCGCAAGUAACAACCGGGAUGAAGGGGGAGGAUCGACUGAAGAGGAAAGCGUCCUUCGCCUUCGAUGGAACAGCCAUGUGGAGAGUUUGCAGCAGCUCUUCGAAAACCUUCUUGAGCAGCAGCUCUUUGUCGACGUGACCCUAGCCUGCGAAGGUGGCUCACUCAAGGCCCACAGGGUCAUGCUCUCUGCUUGCUCCACUUACUUCAGACGUGUCCUCCACGAGGCUGGUUCCAAGAACCCAGUCAUCAUCAUGAGAGAUGUCUCUUACACGGAAAUGGACUUUAUUCUGCAAUUCAUCUAUCGUGGGGAGAUUCACGUGCCAGAGGCCAGGCUUCCCUCUCUGCUGAAAACAGCCAGGCUGUUGGAAAUCAGGGGACUGUCAGACAAAUUAGACCAGCCAUUUGACGAAACCAAACCCAGUGAGACAGAGAAACGAAAGAGAAGGAAUAGUGAUGAAGCCAUCAAUGGGUUUCACAGUCCUCCACACUCACCACAAGUCAACGGCAAAGCCAAGAAAUCCACUCAAUCCAUGACCAAAGAUGAAGAUCUAGAAAACGAAGAAAUGGAUUCUGAUUUUGAUGAAACUGAUCACGGCCCAAUGAACAACGGACACAAUAAUCACCAUUCGAAAAACGAAUGUAUGGACCAAAGAUUGACACCACCGACACCUCUGGAUCUGAGUAACGGCGAGAUUGGCGCCAGUGACGAAGAAAAUGAAGUUCCCAGUGGCCAACAAUCUGACAAGAAGAUUGCGGCAUCUCCAGUCCCAGUGCUGGUCAAAUGCGAAGCUUCAGAACUCAACCAAUCACAGCAAGGAGUUGACGAAGAAGAUGAUGAUGAAGAGGAUGAAACUGUUCAUCCCGAUCAGUAUCCAUUUUCCAUGCUGGCCGAUUCCGACCAGAGUGGAGGUGGUGGCGCCGGUGUCGUAGUCCAGGCCGUUUGUCCGUUCUGUUUCAAGGAUUGCAAACGGACUGCAGAGUUGCGAGCCCACAUUCGUGCCCACACUGGCGAAAAACCUUUUCGCUGCGACAUUUGCUCGGCCCCAUUCGCCCGCUCGGCCCAUCUCAAACGACAUCGCCGUGUCCACACGGGCGAACGGCCGUUCGAGUGCCACAGAUGCCAAAAGACUUUCUCCCGCCAGGAUAAAUUGAAACUUCAUAUGGAUCGACAUCGCCUGAGGGAUACAGGCGGUAAAAUGAUUGUCGGUCGGCCUAAAAAGAUCGCAGCCAAGAAGAAUGACGAUCCGCUCAACAUCAAUCCGAGCACUUCAUCCGCAUCCAGUUCAACUCCGACACCGACAUCAGUGGAGUUGACUGGAAUGGGUCAGUUUGCUUUCCCAGGAGCGCCGGCUCGUUCAGGACCACCUCAGUCGCCUAACGGUUCCAACCGGACCACGACACCUUCGCCCGGAUUACCCUACAGCGACAUGAACUACUUUUCACUCCUGUCACUCUCCCAGCGCGGAUUGACCAUUUCUUCGGCCACUUCUCAACAACAGACGCCACAACAACAGUCUGAUUUGCCCUCGCCCACUGUCCCCAAUUUGCUCACUCCGCAGGCGUUGCAGGAAUUGUCGCUCUUCCGGCAAGGCAAUUCGAAUUCGACUCGCGGCCGUCAACAGCGAUCGACCCGCAGUACAGCUUCUGCCACCGUAACAUCUAAUCGUUCCAGCAGCCGCAGUAGCGUUGAAUCCGCCUCGGAGACGCUCCUGAAUUUCGCCCAGCAAGUGGGCGAAGUUGUUUCAUCGACGGCACAAUCAUCUUGACCGACCGAAUUGUUGUUGAUUGUGUAAAAAUUAACUUGGACCAAAUCCUCCCAACAAGAAAAAAGUUAGUGCCUCCGACAUCAGCGGAUUUAUUAUCGACCACCAUCUUCACUCAACACACUUUCAACUUCUUCAUCGUCUAGCUUUUGUUUUUAUGUCUCAAAGCGUCGCCAAAUGAGUAUCAUCAUCGUGUGCUAAUUUGCAAAAAAAUUUAGAUGUAAUUUUUCUUUUAAUAGUUUUUCUUUCGACAGACCCUGAAAUGUUUCAGCAUUUACCUGGGGAAAUCCUGCUUUGAAUCGUAGCUUUUCGUUACAUCGUCGAUUGACGGGCGUGGACGCGUGCAAUAUCGUGUGCAAGAUGACCAAUUCUUAAAAAAAUUUAUAAAAAUUUCUAUUUGGGUCCGUUAAAAAGUUUGAUCGUUGGAUCAUUUUGAUUUCAUUAUUUUUCUCCCCCUUUUAAAUGGUGUGCGGGUUUCCUGCGCCCCAUCACUCGCUACAAAAGACGUUGUGUCGGAGGAUCCAUUUUUAAAAAAUUCUUUGUUUCCGCCUUUAUCCCUUUUUACUAAAAAAACAAGCAAAAUGGCUUUAUUGUGUUCAAUUUUUCGACAAAAAUUCAUUUGAAAUUCACUUUUUGCGUGCUAAAGAUCCUCGGUCAUGUUCACACUUUCUACCAAAGGCUCGUCUCGUUGUGAAAACAAAACCUCUCCUUAAAUUUCGGCAAAAAUCUUUUCAAUCCUAAAAAAAAAGAAUCAAGUGUGCAAUGAUGCCAUUCAGGUUAUUCCUUUCCUAAAACAAAAAUCCUAAAAAUUCUAUUUUUAAAAUUUUUUUUUUCGUCUCCAAAUUUUUUAACACAGAUUCUUUUUUUUUUAAUAUUCGAUUUAACUUUUGAUUAGAUCUUAAAGAAAUCUAUUUUUUCUUUUUGUGUGUUUUGUUCAAGAAAAUUCUAAUCGACACAGACGCUGUAGAAGCCUGUUAACGACCCCGUGACAAUUCUAAUUUUUGCAUUUUUUCGUGUGUUACUAUAUUCGUGUCAUCCAAUUGAUUUCCCGUCACCCUCCCCCUUAAUUUGUUUAGAUUAUUGUUUAGAUAUUUUUUGGCGCUAAAACGCCGUUGCGUUCAGAAGAUCUCUUUUUUUGAAUUCAUUUUGUGUAAACUCACGACCAAAAUUUUAAAAAACAUUUUCGGACCCGGGACCCUCCAAUCACACAAUCGAAUAGCUUUAAACUUCGAUGCCUGCAAUUUGUUUUUUUAAUUUUUGUUUUUUUGCUUUUUUCACCCCAUCCCAAAAAAUU